AAAUAAUGUACAAACCCCGCCCCUUCCUGUAACAUCACAGCUUCCAGAAGAUUCCAUCGUAAAAACUACGGCUACGGAGAGUAAAGAGAUCACAUGGGGAGGAGGUUCCUAUAAGGUGUCAGGAUGUGGCGGUCUAUUUCUCCAUGGAGGAGUGGGAGUAUGUAGAAGGACACAAGGUUCUGUACCAGGACAUAGUUAUGAUGGAGGAUCACCGGCCCCUCACAUCACAAGAUGGAGUCAUUGACAGAAAUCCACCCGAGAGGUGUCCCCGUCCUCUGUAUUCCCAGGACUGUCCAGAGGGAAAUGUCCCAGAGAAGCAUCAGGUUCCUAUAAGGUGUCAGGAUGUGGCGGUCUAUUUCUCCAUGGAGGAGUGGGAGUAUGUAGAAGGACACAAGGAUCUGUACCAGGACAUAGUCAUGAUGGAGGAUCACCGGCCCCUCACAUCACAAGAUGAAGUCAUUGAUAGAAAUCCACCCGAGAGGUGUCCCCGCCCUCUGUAUUCCCAGGACUGUCCAGAGGGAAAUGUCCCAGAGAAUAAUCAGGGGGGAGAUCUGACUAAUAAUAAAGUGGAGGAUGAAGAAGAGAGGAUGAGGGGCCAUCACCCGUGUAUGAGGGAAGUGAAGGAGGAAAUUCCAGGAGGUGUUACCCCAGAAAAUCCCAGUAAGAAUUCUGAGGGAAACUUCAUGUUAUCCCUGAAUGAUAAAGGAGAAGAUGAAGAUAUGAUGGAGCGCUCCUCAGGAGAAGACCUCCUUACCCCUAAUGUCCAUCCAGAUCUAUCCUAUAAUAAUCCACCUGAUCAUGAGGAACCUUCUCCUGACCAACCACACAUUGUUACCACAAGGACAGAUCAGGAAGGAGGGAACAUUUUUCAAUGUGGAAGAGAAUUUACAAAAAGAUCAAGUGUUUUUAGACACAGGAAAAUUCACAUAGAGGAGAAGCCAAAUUCAUGUUCUGAAUGUGGAAAUGUUUUUAUAAGUAGAUCAGAUCUUAUGAUACAUGAGAGAAUUCACAUGGAAGAAAAGCCAUAUUCAUGUUCAGAAUGUGGGAAAUGUUUUAAAAGUAAAUUGGGACUUGUUAUACAUGAGAGAAUUCACACAGGGGAGAAGCCAUAUACAUGUUCAGAAUGUGGGAAAUGCUUUUCACAAAAAUCAGCUCUUGUUGCACAUGAGAGAAUUCACACAGGAGAAAAGCCAUAUUCAUGUUCAGAGUGUGGUAAAUCAUUUAUUAUUAAAUCACUACUUUCUAGACAUGAGAGAAAUCACACAGGAGAGAUGCCAUAUUCAUGUUCAGAAUGUGGUAAAUGUUUUAAAGGUAAACCUUCUCUUGUGAUACAUAACAGAAUUCACACAGGAGAAAAGCCAUAUUUAUGCUUAGAAUGUGGGAAAUGUUUUACAUAUAAAUCAGCUCUUGUUGUACAUGAGAGAAUUCACACAGGAGAGAAGCCAUAUUCAUGUUCAGAAUGUGGUAAAUGUUUUACUCAUAAAUCAAAUCUUGUUAUGCAUGAGAAAAUUCACACGGGAGAGAAGCCAUAUUCAUGUUCAGAAUGUGGUAAAUGUUUUACACAUAAAUCAAAUCUUGUUAUACAUGAGAAAAUUCACACGGGAGAGAAGCCAUAUUUAUGUUCAGAAUGUGGGAAAUAUUUUACACAUAAAUCAAAUCUUGUUACACAUGAGAGUAUUCACACAGGAGAGAGGCCAUAUUCAUGUUCAGAAUGUGGGAAAUGUUUUAUAAAUAAAUCACAACUUUCUGGACAUGAAAGAAUUCACACAGGAGAGAAGCCAUUUUCAUGUUCAGAAUGUGGGAAAUGUUUUUUAACGAAGUCAAAGCUUGUUAUACAUGAAAGAAUUCAUACGGGAGAGAAACCAUAUUCAUGCUCAGAAUGUGGUAAAUGUUUUACACAAAAAUCAGAUCUUGUUACACAUGAGAGAAUUCACACAGGAGAGAAGCCAUAUUCAUGUUCAGAAUGUGGGAAAUGUUUUACAAUUAAAGGAAAUCUUAUUACACAUGAGAGAAUUCACACAGGAGAGAAGCCAUACACAUGUUCAGAAUGUGGGAAAUGCUUUUCACAAAAAACAGCUCUUGUUGUACAUGAGAGAAUUCACACAGGUGAAAAGCCAUAUUCGUGUUCAGAGUGUGGUAAAUGUUUUAAAGGUAAACCAGCUCUUGUGAUACAUAACAGAAUUCACACAGGAGAAAAGCCAUAUUUAUGCUCCGAAUGUGGGAAAUGUUUUACACAAAAAUCAAAUCUUGUUAUACAUGAGAGAAUUCACACAGGAGAGAAGCCAUUUUCAUGUUCAGAAUGUGGGAAAUGUUUUACACAUAAAUCAAAUCUUGUUAUACAUGAGAAAAUUCACACAGGAGAGAAGCCAUUUUCAUGUUUAGAAUGCAAGAAAUGUUUUACAAGUAAAUCAGAUCUUAUUAAGCAUGAGAGAUGUCACACAGGAGAGAAGCCGUAUUCAUGUUCAGAAUGUGGUAAAUGUUUUAAAGUUAAACCAGAUCUUGUGAUACAUAACAGAAUUCACACAGGAGAAAAGCCAUAUGUAUGUUCAGAAUGUGGUAAAUGUUUUAAAGGUAAAUCAGAUCUUGUGAUACAUAACAGAAUUCACACUGGAGAAAAGCCAUAUUCAUGUUCAGAAUGUGGUAAAUGUUUUAAAGGUAAACCAGAUCUUGUGAUACAUAACAGAAUUCACACAGGAGAAAUGCUGUAUUCAUGUUCAGAAUGUGGUAAAUGUUUUACACAAAAAUCAAAUCUUGUUAUACAUGAGAGAAUUCACACAGGAGAGAAGCCAUUUUCAUGUUCAGAAUGUGGGAAAUGUUUUAUAAAUAAAUCCCAACUUUCUGGACAUGAGAGAAGUCACACGGGAGAGAAGCCAUAUUCAUGUUCAGAAUGCGAUAAAUGUUUUAUAAAUAAGUCAAAUCUUGUUAUGCAUGAAAGAAUUCAUACGGGAGAGAAACCCUAUUCAUGCUCAGAAUGUGGUAAAUGUUUUUUAAAUAAGUCAAAGCUUGUUAUACAUGAAAGAAUUCAUACGGGAGAGAAACCAUAUUCAUGCUCAGAAUGUGGUAAAUGUUUUUUAGAUAAGUCAAAGCUUGUUAAACAUGAAAGAAUUCAUACAGGAGAGAAGCCAUAUUCAUGCUCAGAAUGUGGUAAAUGUUUUGCACAAAAAUCAAGUCUUGUUACACAUGAGAGAAUUCACACAGAAGAGAAGCCAUAUUCAUGUUCAGAAUGUGGUAAAUGUUUUACAACUAAAGGAAAUCUUACUAAACAUGAGAGAAUACACACGGGAGACUUACAAAUUAAGUAAUCAUAAAUAUAUAAUAAUAUGGAGAAUGGAGAUCUGAGGUAACAGUAAAAUGUGAUGUUUCUAAGUUCUGUUGUGAGAAUUAACCCUCGAAUAAACUUCAUAAUGAAACCUAAGCAGAAGCUAAAGCCAACAUCAUCUCUUGGUCAUCAGCACCUGGGGUCAUGUGACCUUUGUAGGUAAAUAGCGGUAAUGAGAAGUAAUAUGUAAUGCUAUUGUGUAUCAUUUAGUAGUGACUUGUAGCUCUACACUACAGUAUGAUUGGAUGAUUUCUAUGGAUGAUAAUGAUUGGUGAUUACUAUGUAUUACCUCGGCCUCAUUUCCAUUAGAAAUAUUACUGAUUGUAUCUCAUGUGUCACUUCUGUCCUAUCAGGAUCAGGACACUUCUGUGUUGUCAACCCUUAGGCCGGGGUCACACACAGGAUUUUGGUCAUAUUGUGUUAGAAUUCUUCUUAUAAUGGGAUUAGUCAUGUGAUGCGGUGUUAUUAGUGUGUAUGGGGUGUGAUGUCUUCUCUGAUUUACAGAACUGUACAGCGACUGACGUGGUCUGAUACAAUUCUGUAAAUGGAGGAGCAGACUGAUCAGUAUGGACCUGUGUAUAGGGAAGAGACACUGGAGUGAAGUGGGGGGUAACCAAUCCCGUCCAUCAGUCAGGAUAGUGCUCUUGUAGGUGACUGGGAGAACUGGUUCAUGUGGUCAGGAGUGAGAUAGACAGGUCCCAUAUGGUGAACGUAUGCAGCAUGUCCUGGGACUUCUAGUCGUUGUUGCUCUUUUUAUCUGAUGUCCUCCGCACAGCUCACAUACGCCCCCGCUCCUUUAUGGCUGAGGCCGGGGUUACACUCAGGUUACACACUAGGGUCACAUAUCCCAGAUUUCUAUAAAUUACCUUCCCAUUGAUGUAAUUCUGGGGAAUCCUCCAUAUGAUGCAGAUGUGACAUUUACUGAAGCCAGUCCCGAAUGGUGGGGGAUGGGAGGACAUCUUUAGUCUCGGGGGUCACAGUCCUGGGGGCCUAGAGGAGAAAUCAUAUUC